UUGGCAGUUGAUUUGUUUACUUUGUUGUUUGGCUACGUGUUUUUAUUUAUUCUCAAAGUAAGCAUUAAUAUAGUAAAAGCUUUUCAAGAUCAAUAAAUAAUACAACUAAUAAGUAACAAAAGAAAAUAUGUUGAAAGCAGUGAUACUAAUUGGUGGUCCACAAAAAGGAACCCGCUUCCGGCCGUUAUCCCUUGAUACACCAAAACCUCUGUUCCCUAUUGCUGGUUUGCCAUUGAUACAGCACCAUAUAUGCGCUUGUGCAAAACUCCAAGAAUGCAAGGAGAUUCUUAUUAUUGGAGCAUAUACUACAAAUCUUAUGUCACAAUUCAUCAGUGAUAUGCAAAAAGAAUAUCAUGUUAUCAUAAGAUACUUGCAAGAGUUUGCUCCUCUAGGGACUGGUGGUGGCUUAUACCAUUUUAGAGAUCAAAUCCGUGCUGGUAACCCUACAGCAUUCUUUCUGCUAAACGGUGAUGUCUGUUCAGACUUUCCUCUAAGAGAAUUAUGGAGUUUCCAUGAAGAAAGACCAUCUGCUUUGGUGACAAUCAUGGGAACGGAAGCGACUAGGCAGCAGUCCGUGCACUAUGGGUGUAUGGUUCGGGAACCAUCUACGAAAGCUGUUAAUCAUUAUGUAGAGAAACCGAAUAGUUAUGUGUCAACACUAAUAAACUGUGGUGUGUAUGUGUGUUCAUUGCAAGUAUUCCACACUAUGGCUGAGGCUUUUCAGAAGAAACAGGAUGUAUUUUAUAGUGGCAAUGGUCAAAAUGGUCAUCCAGGCUACAUGUCUUGGGAACAAGAUGUUUUAGCGCCGCUCGCCGGUACAAACAAAUUAUAUGCCAUGCAGGUUACUAAUUGGUGGUCGCAAGUGAAGACAGCUGGAUCGGCUAUAUAUGCCAAUCGUCAUUACCUCGAGUUGAACAAGGAAAACGACAAAGAAUCAUCGGGGCAGCCAUCUUGUCAUAUCAUACCGGAUGUAUUUCUGCAUCCGAGUGCUUCUGUGGAUAGUACCGCUGUGAUUGGUCCUAACGUUUCGAUCGGUGCUGGUGUCACUAUAAAAGCGGGAGUCAGAAUAAAAGAGUCGAUAAUACUGAAUAACGCAACUAUCAAUGAUCACGCUCUAGUCAUGUAUUCUGUGGUGGGUCAAGAUGCGUCAGUGGGUGAAUGGGCUCGAGUGGAGGGGACCCCCUCGGAUCCGGAUCCGAACAAACCCUUCGCUAAAAUGGACAACACGCCGCUGUUCAACACCGACGGCAGACUUAACCCCUCUAUUACUAUACUAGGUGAGUGUCAAUGUCCAAAUCUCUUCAUCAUCAUCAUUAUUAUUAUUAUCUUGAUUUCUUUUAUUUAUAAGGGUGUAAACAAUUUUUUUUUCACAAUUUUAUUUUAUAGAUAUACGUGAAAUAUAUCUAAAUAUAUACAUACCUCAUUCAUAUAAUAAGUUAAUAUCUAAAAAUAAAUUUAAUUUUAAAACAUUCCCGCGUAAACAUCACUUCUGAUAUCGCGUCUCUAUGACGUCACGGCACUGUAAACGAAUAUCUACGCUCAAAGAUCGAAAACGCUCAGUGAGCGGAAAAAUAGCUCACAACGCGUUGUGGUCACAGUAAAACAUCCACAUGGCGAAAUUCGUGUUAUGGCUCUAAUGAAAACGCGCACGACGCGUUGUGGCAAUCACAGAAAGACCAAAUAGCGAAAUUCGUGUCGUGGCUGACAUGCUAUUCGAUCUCAACGCGUUGUGGCAAUGAAGAAAAGCCAUGAUGCGUUCUGAGCAUUCAUUGUUUUAACCAUAUCACGACGGACAGGUUGUAACUUGUCGAUGUCGGCGCUGUAAAGACGCAUAAUAACAUCAGUUUUAUUCAUUUCUUUUCUGUUUCUCAGAGUGAAUUUUAAUGUCAGCGCUAAUUAUGACGAAUAAAAAAGAAGUGUUUUACGAUAAAUUGCGUGAGUUUGUGGAAACAAGCACUGAUCGCAGUUUUAUCAUGACUACAGAAAAAUAUGAAAUGUUACUUAAUGAAACAAAACAGUCUCAGCUUCUUAAAAAGAACAACGAGUCUCUAUGUUCGAAGCAGUAUCGACGUCUUAAACGAUAUACCCCAUCAUUUACAA